CGAUGAUGGUAUUCGUUUCAUUGGUUCAAUAAAUUUGACGUUUGCAUAUCAGCUGACAAGCAAACAAACUUUGGAAAAAUAAACAGUGAAAAUCUUUGAUUAUACACCUUGCGGGUGAGUCUACACAAUUUCUGCUCCAUUGACCAAAGAAGCUUGACAAAAAAUGGCUGGAUGUGUCCCCUGUUUCAUCAUUCCAUUGCUGUUGUUUAUUUUCCAUCGAUACAUUCAACCGAUUCUACUGAAAUUCUGGAACCCCUGGGAAAAUUCUGCAGUGAAGGAAAAUGGUGAGAAGGAAAAAUGCACCUUCAGUUGCGACUGCAGUUGGAAUAAGAAAAAAUCAGUGGAUGGGGAUAAGGAAGAAACUGAAAAAUUGGUUGAGAAAGGGCUGACUGAUUGUAAUGACACGGAGAAGCUGAAGGCUUCUUAAACAUACAGCAUCACAAGGACUAAAUAGUAUAUUUUAAUUUCCACCCUACAUUAUAUAUUUGUGUAAAUUUUCAAAUUCAUAAAUCCAAGAUAUGGACAAAAAGUGGUAACUACAAAAAAAGAAAACUAAGUAAUUGGGGUCACAUUACAAUCAUUAAUGGUUAUAUUCGCAUUUAGCACCCCAAAUUACCAGUGUCAUUUUAUUGAUAGGACUCACCAGUGGCGACGCGUGACUUUUCCUAAACUGUUAUCAAAACCAGAUGUGAAAAACCUUAUUAAAAAAAAAGUUUAUUUUGAACCUCCCA